CUCUUGGAUCCCCGAAGAAGAAACAAACCAUUUCUGGGUCGCGCUCCCACGCCCAGAUCCCCCUCCCAUUUCCGGAAAAGGAAGGAAGAUUCCGAGGCGGCGGAGCGGAAGGGAUGGUGGCGAGCGAGACGAACCAGAAGGCGGCGGCGGCGGGGAGCAGCAUCCCGGAGGGGGCGCGGCAGCUGCUGCACGAGCUGGCGGCGGGGUGGGGCGACGUGGCGGACUGCCGGGCGCUGGAGGUGGUGCCGCUCAGGGGGGCCAUGACCAACGAGGUCUACCAGGCGCGGUGGCCGCCGGCGGCGGAGGCGGAGGCGGCGGGGAGGAGGGUGCUGGUGAGGGUGUACGGCGAGGGCGUGGAGUUGUUCUUCGACCGGGAGGCCGAGGUGCGCACGUUCGAGUCCAUGUCGCGGCACGGCCACGGCCCGCGCCUCCUCGGUCGCUUCCCCAACGGCCGCGUCGAGGAGUUCAUCCACGCCAGGACACUCUCAGCUGUUGAUCUGCGUGAUCCAGAGAUUUCAGCCAUUAUAGCCUCAAAGCUGAGGGAAUUCCACAACCUUGAUAUGCCUGGUCCAAAAUCUGUACUCAUUUGGGACAGACUAAGGAACUGGCUCAAAACUGCCAAGAAUUUGUGCCCCUCUGACGAAGCCAAAGAGUUCUGCUUGGAUAGCAUGGAGAACGAGAUCACUGCGUUGGAAAAUGAGCUUUCAGAGGAUUACCAGUGCGUAGGAUUUUGCCACAACGAUCUCCAGUAUGGAAACAUCAUGAUUGAUGAAGAGACCAAAUUGCUGACCAUCAUUGACUAUGAGUAUGCAAGUUUUGGUCCAGUUGCUUAUGACAUUGCAAACCAUUUCUGCGAGAUGGCUGCAGACUACCAUUCAGAAAAGCCUCACAUACUGGACUACACUAAAUAUCCAGAUACUGAUGAGCAGAAGCAAUUUGUGCAGAGCUACCUGAGCUCUUCAGGCGAGGAACCUGACGCAGAGAAGGUCAAUAAUCUGAUAAAAAGUAUCGAGAAGUACACCUUGGCAAGCCAUCUCAUUUGGGCCCUCUGGGGAAUAAUUUCGGAGCAUGUCAACGAUAUUGACUUCGACUACAUGGGGUAUGCGAGGCAGAGGUUCGAGCAGUACUGGCUCAAGAAGCCUGCAAUCCUAACAUGUCAGGUCGUUGAAUAAGCACCUGCAUAACAUCACCAGGUUCUACCUUGAUGGAUAUCCACCGGCCGCUGCACAUAGCUUGUUUAUACAUAGGGGAUGUGAAAGGCUUAACCAGAGAUCAGUGAGAUCCAGGCUUCUGUUGUCCUUGUAUAGCUGUUGGGUUGUUCAUAGUCUGGAUGGGAGACAAAUUAAUAAAUCUUACUACAAACUCUCAAGGGAUGUAUCCUCCUUGUUUGUAUGUCAUUUAAAUGAUUAUAAAGAAUAUUAAAAAAAGAUCAAUAAGAUAGAUUAAUAUGUGAUAGAUCACUUCAGAAA